ACCGGCAGCACCAUGUCGCUCAUGGUCGUCAGCAUGGCGUGUGUUGGGUUCUUCUUGCUGCAGAGGGCCUGUCCACACAUGGGUGGUCACGACAAACCCUUCCUGUCUGCCUGGUCCAGUGCUGUGGUGCCUCGAGGAGGACAUGUGACUCUUCGGUGUCACUAUCGUGGUGGGUUUAACAAUUUCAUGCUGUACAAAGAAGACAGAAUCCACGUUCCCAUCGGCAGAAUAUUCCAGGAGAGCUUCAACAUGAGCCCUGUGACCACAGCACAUGCAGGGAACUACACAUGUCGGGGUUCACACCCACACUCCCCCACUGGGUGGUCGGCACCCAGCAACCCCGUGGUGAUCAUGGUCACAGGAAACCACAGAAAACCUUCCCUCCUGGCCCACCCAGGUCCCCUGGUGAGAUCAGGAGAGACAGUCAUCCUGCAAUGUUGGUCAGAUGUCAUGUUUGAGCACUUCUUUCUGCACAGAGAGGGGAUCUCUCAGGACCCCUCACGCCUCGUUGGACAGAUCCAUGAUGGGGUCUCCAAGGCCAAUUUCUCCAUCGGUCCCAUGAUGCUUGCCCUUGCAGGGACCUACAGAUGCUACGGUUCUGUUACUCACACCCCCUAUCAGUUGUCAGCUCCCAGUGAUCCCCUGGACAUCAUGGUCACAGGUCUAUAUGAGAAACCUUCUCUCUCAGCCCAGCCGGGCCCCACAGUUCAGGCAGGAGAGAAUGUGACCUUGUCCUGCAGCUCCCGGAGAUCCUAUGACAUGUACCAUCUAUUCAGGGAGGGGGAGGCCCAUGAAUGUAGGCUCCGUGCAGUGCGCAAGGUCAACAGAACAUUCCAGGCAGACUUUCCUCUGGGCCCUGCCACCCACAGAGGGACCUACAGAUGCUUCGGCUCUUUCCGUCACUCUCCCUACGAGUGGUCAGACCCGAGUGACCCACUGCUUGUUUCUGUCACAGGAAACCCUUCAAGUAGUUGGCCUUCACCCACAGAACCAAGCUCCAAAUCUGGUAUCCGCAGACACCUGCACAUUCUGAUUGGGACCUCAGUGGUCAUCAUCCUCUUCAUCAUCAUCCUCUUCUUUCUCCUUCAUCGCUGGUGCUCCAACAAAAAGAAUGCUGCUGUAAUGGACCAAGAGCCUGCGGGGGACAGAACAGUGAAUAGGCAGGACUCUGAUGAACAAGACCCUCAGGAGGUGACAUACGCACAGUUGGAUCACUGCGUUUUCAUACAGAGAAAAAUUGGUCGCCCUUCUCAGAGGCCCAAGACACCCCUAACAGAUACCAGCGUGUACACGGAACUUCCAAAUGCUGAGCCCAGAUCCAAAGUUGUCUCCUGCCCACGAGC